AUGUCCUACACCCUCCGCAAGGUCGGUGCUCCCUACACCUUGGAGCACCGAGUCUACAUUGAGAAGGAUGGCGUCCCCGUCUCGCCCUUCCACGACAUCCCCCUUUAUGCCAAUGCUGAGCAGACCAUCCUCAACAUGGUUGUUGAGAUCCCCCGCUGGACCAAUGCCAAGCUCGAGAUCUCCAAGGAGGAACUCCUCAACCCCAUUAAGCAGGACACCAAGAAGGGCAAGCUUCGAUACGUCCGCAACUGCUUCCCCCACAAGGGCUACCUCUGGAACUACGGUGCCUUCCCCCAGACCUGGGAGGAUCCCAACCACGUCCACCCCGAGACUAAGGCGAAGGGUGACAAUGACCCUCUCGACGUCUGCGAGAUUGGUGAGCUCGUUGGCUACACCGGUCAGGUGAAGCAGGUCAAGGUCCUCGGUGUCAUGGCCCUUCUCGACGAGGAGGAGACCGACUGGAAGGUCAUCGUCAUUGACGUCAAUGACCCCUUGGCCCCUAAGCUCAACGACAUUGAGGACGUUGAGCGCCACCUCCCCGGCCUUCUCCGAGCCACCAACGAGUGGUUCCGUAUCUACAAGAUCCCCGAUGGCAAGCCCGAGAACCAGUUUGCCUUCACCGGCGAGUGCAAGAACAAGAAGUAUGCCAUGGAUGUCGUCCGUGAGUGUGCUGAGGCUUGGGAGAAGCUCAUCACUGGCAAGGCCCCUGCUGGUGAUAUCUCUACCACCAACGUCAACGUUGAGCACUCCCCCAGCCGCGUUAGCCCCUCGCAGCUCCCUCCUCUCCCCGCCAACCAGGAUCUCCCUCCCGAGCCCAUCGACAGCUCGAUAGACAAGUGGUUCUUCAUCAGCGGUGCCUCCGCUUAA